CUUACAAGGCUAAUUCCAAUGUGUCAACAUCUCAUAACUACACAGAUGCUUUAAAUCGUUGCUCUUAUGUUGUGUUGUGUGGUGUUAAAAUUGUGUUCCGAGUAAACAACAGCCGAUCGUUAUGGAAUCGAAUGACAAAACGUUACAAAAAUCGAGACAUUCUCUUGAUAGUGCAUUAGUGACUAGAAAUAACGCGGCAAGUUCAUGGCGCCCUCGGUCUUUCGCAAAUAUCGCCAGCGAUUGCCUGAGAAGGAUAGAGCCCAUGCUGGAGUCUGUGGGCGUGCAGACUACGAACACAACAAGCAAUGACACUAACAACAAUAUCAACAAUAAUAACAAAUGCCUGGAGCAGUCAGAUGAUGAUGCCGUGGAAUUGCGGCAUCCUAAUAAGGUAACUGCCUUGCAGCCAAGGGUUGCAUCCUUGAAAAGGGAUAAGACCAUAAAGCAUACUGUGGUGGACGUCGUCAUCGUAGAAGCGAAGGGACUCCCGCACAAUCCGCAGGAUGGCGGUUCACAUUCAGUAUAUUGCAAAUUUAGCAUGGGUUCCCACUCACAUAAAUCUAAGUCGGUGCAAGCCACGCGACAACCGCAGUGGCGAGAGAGGUUCAAGCUACAUCUGAGCAACGAUCAACUGUUACACAUUUCCUUGUGGAAUAAGGGCAAACGGAAGAAUUUUAUGGGAAGUUGUGUUAUAGACCUGUCGUCCCGGGAAAGAGAGCGUACUCACGACAUCUGGCAGGACUUAGAUGAAGGCUAUGGCUCGGUACAUUUGUCCAUCACGAUGUGUUCCACUCGCAUCUCAGCGGAGUCCAACGAACUGGUGCCGAGCAUCGAACCUAAUUUGGAGGACAUACGGUCUAAAUAUGCUUUCUAUAACCUGCACCCAGACACGACUAUUGUGGGUCAGCUACACGUGAAAGUGAUCGGAGCUAAGGGUCUGAGCGGCAAGCCCAAUGCCUAUUGUACCCUGGAGUUAGAUAACGAGAAGGUGCAGACCCCAUCAGCGAGUGCCAGCUCUGAACCUACGUGGAACAAGACCUUUGUGUUCAACAUAUAUGACGUAGCUUCAACGCUAGAAAUCAAAGUGUAUGACCGAUCCAUAAACUCCUUGCUAUACGAUUUUCUGGGCAGAGUGAUAAUACCUUUGCUCAGGAUAAACAAUGGCGAAGCGUGUUGGUAUGCGCUUAAAGACAGCUGUAAGAGAAAGAGUGCCCGAGGGAACUGCCCUAGGGUGCGGUUAGAAAUGAACGUGUUUUGGAACCCUGUGGUGGCUUCUCUAAAACUAUUUCGACCGAAGCAAGUCAAGUACAUUACGAAGCAACCAAAGUUCGACAUACCACUGGUUUAUAAGAACUGCAAGUUCAUCAAGGAGACCUUCGAUGUCCUCUACAUUAUCAACGAAUGUAUCAAGAGUUUUCUAGAGUGGGAUGACCGAGAGUUAUCGACGACAAUUCUUUGCGGCUGGCUCAUAUUUUGGUACUAUUUUGACCCAUGGAUGACCCCAUUAUUAAUUGCAGCGCUGUUCCCAGUCAUGUGGUUCAUUGAUCACAAGCAAAAUCAAGACAUGAAGAUCCUAAACAUGGAUGAUUCUAAAGACUGGGACUCGGCUGAGGAAACACAUAAUGGCGACACCAUCUCAGAAAAAAUUAAAGGUUUACCAGAAAUGACAUUAACGAUCACCAAUGGCAUAGAGUACAUGGUUUCAGUUGCUGAAAGAAUAAAUAAUUUAGCCACAUUCAAGGUGCCGUUUUUGACAUUCUUGUCCAUGUUCCUGCUAGCCAUUAGUUCAGCUCUUCUGUACUUUGUUCCAUAUAAAUAUCUCAUGAUGGGAUUUGGUUUAUAUAAAUACGGGAGAAAACGUCUGGAACCAGACCGCGUGCCUAACAACGACUUAUUGGACUUCAUUUCAAGGAUACCUGACAACAAAAUAUUGAGGGACUGGAGACAAUUAAGCGUGCCAGAACCACAAAUUCCAAAGAACAAUAAUAUAAGUACAAACAAUAAUAUAAGAAACUAAAUUGUAAAUGAAAAAUUAUCUACCCACGUCUAGAUUGUAGUUAAUUUAUUAGUUCGAUAUUAUUCGAGUAGAUAUCCUAGUAAAGGGUAAUACGUUGUAAGGAAAGUUUUCCUAGUUAACCAUGGUGAUAUGGUGAUAUUACACAUAUAAUAAUGUAGUUCUUAAACUUGUAUUGUGUUCAUAAUAGUGAUAGCCGAUAGCGAUAAUUCUAUUGUUAAAAAUAAAACUGCUUUUGUAUAAGAA